AUGAAGGAUGAGAAGGAACCAAAUGGUCCUUUGCCCGACGACAAUGCAAAAUCACAAUCAGGCCCGGAGCAAAAUUGCCAAGGAGCCGCCGAUACGGACCCGGAGGUUACGGCGCCGUCGGCAGACUCUUCGGUAGCAGCUUCGGUCGAGGCUGUUGCAACACCAACACCAACACCGGCAGAAAAGCCCAAAGUCACCGAGAACAUUGACCUGGAUCAUGUUCCAACAGCAAUUGAGAAAUCAGAAACCGCUCCCGCCAGCCAGGUGCUCACCGAUUCAGAUGAUGCCGACGUUGAAGCCUUAUCCAGAGUGGCGAGCGCUCCAUACAGCGCCUUCUCACGCCAAACCAAGCUAUGGAUAACCAUCAUGGUCACCAUUGCCAGCAUCAUAUCACCAAUGACUGCCAAUAUCUACUUCCCCGCGCUGGACUCUGUUUCCGACGAUCUCGACGUGCCAAUCUCGUUGAUCAAUCUCACCCUGACGACUUACAUGAUCUUUCAGGGCCUGGCACCAACCAUAUUCGGCGACUUUGGCGACACGGCUGGUCGUCGACCGGCCUUCACCCUCGCCUUCACCAUCUAUCUCUUUGCAAACAUUGGCCUGGCCCUUCAGCGAGAUUACACGGCGCUUUUGAUCCUGCGCUGCCUCCAGUCCGCUGGCAGCAGCGGCACUCUGGCCCUGGCAUACGCCGUUGUCGCAGAUAUUGCUUCGAGUGAAGAACGAGGUCGAUAUAUGGGCCUCAUUGGCGCAGGCGUCAACUUUGGUCCCACGGUUGGACCCGUCCUCGGCGGCAUCCUCAGUCACGAACUCGGAUGGGCCUCUAUUUUCUGGUUCUGCGCCGUCUUUGUCUUUGUAUGGCUCGUCCCGUGGGUUCUGUCCGUCCCCGAAAUGUGUCGCAACGUCGUUGGCAACGGCUCCAUUCCGCCGCCGAAAUGGAACAGAACCGUCAUCGACCUCCUGCGACCCCAGGGUGUCAAGCAGCGACCAGCAUCGGCGCCCAAAGUCAAAAUACGCAUGCCGAACCCUUUACGCACACUGUCAGUCGUGUUCAACAAGGAAGAAGGCCUCAUCCUGUUCAUAUCCGCCAUCAUGUACGUCAACUUCAUCCUCGUCGGCGCAACCCUCUCCAUCCUGUUCAAGGAGAUCUACGAGUACGACGACCUGGAGGUCGGUCUGUGCUACCUCCCCUACGGGGUUGGAUGCUGCAUGGUGAUGCUCCUGCAGGGACACAUCGUCGAUCGAAACUAUGCCCGCAUCGCCAAGAAGUUGGGAAUGUCGGCGAGCCGCAAGAGGGGAGACGACAUGCUGAAUUUCCCCAUUGAGUCUGCUCGCAUACAACCCCUGUACCCUGCCAUCACGGUCGGCGCACUCGCCCUCAUCGGAUGGGGAUGGUCGUUGGAGGCGCAGACCGCCGUGGCUGUGCCGCUGGUGCUGCUCUUCAUCAUCGGCAUGUUGGUGCCGUCGUCGUUUGGCGUCCUCAACACGCUGCUUGUUGAUCUCAACGAGGAUGCACCCGCCACGGCGGCCGCGGCCAACAACCUGACUAGAUGUCUUUCUGGAGCGGCGGCAACGGCUGUCGUUGACCAGAUGUUUGAUGCUAUGGGUGCGGGAUGGACAUUCACCCUGUUGGCGCUGCUGAUGGUGGCGAGUCUUCCUGGGUUGAGGGUUCUUGAGAAGUGCGGCCCUCGCUGGAGAGCGGAACGGGCUAGGAAGAAGGCUGAAAAGCAAGACGCAUAG